AUACAGUUGAUGGACUCUCCAAUGAUACCUCAACCUUUUCUUAUGUUUCUGACGAUGGUCCAUCAACGUCGUUCAGCAGCACCAGUAUGAUGACGUCAACACCGACCCAACCACAGACCCAACCACAGAGUAUGCUCAAUGCACCCCGGCACACUGGUAAGACAUGAUGUUCAGAGUGAAAGUUGUAAUUGUGCAUUUUCCUAACUUUUAAUUCACAGCAAACUGUGAACUCACUCAAAAUGCUUGUUUGCAUAAUUAAAUCCAUAAUCAUAAUUAUACAUUGACUGUAAAUACUGAUAUUUAAAUUUCAUUGUGUUUUGAUCUUAUCUUAUGUAUAUUGUGUUUAUUGAGUUUAUUUUAAUUUGUGCUUAUUCUGUUCUUAUGUGUUACAACUUUUCUAUAUUAACAUUAUGUUAGAUAAUAUAUAUAUCCACCUGUUUUUUGUACCAAUUGCUAAAAAAAAACACUAUUCUGGUCUUUUGUUUACUCCAGGUGAUAGGAGACGGUUCCAGCUGGAUUUGCGCACAGUCGUGGAGGAUAUGCAGGCAGCAGAGGAAAGGCAGCAGGAAAGGAUGGAGAACCUUUCUGAGCGGCGGUUUCAGGCACUGCGUCAGGAUGCCCAGGAAGCGAGGCGCCAGGAGGCAGAAAUCGCCCGGCAGCAGAUGGAGCAGUUGGCUACCUUCAACCAGGCCUUCCUUGGUGUCCUUGGGCAGCUUGUUCAA